UGUCACCGACUGUGUGGUGUGUGGCUCCCGCGACUUGGCACCAGUGGCGGUGUAAACAACAACAAUGUCGGGCGGCGAGCUGAACUUCCUGCGGGCACGACACAUCAAGUACUUCAGGAGGUGUCUGCAGGUGCUGCCCUUCACCGCUGUGACUUUCGACACCAGCCGAAUGGCUGUGCUGUACUUUGCACUCUCUGGGUUGGACCUCUUAGAUGGCUUGUCAGAGCUGGACAAUAAGGAAAGGCAACAUAUCAUCAACUGGAUCUACUCCCUUCAGAUAUUACCAGAAAAUGACAAAGACCUACAAGCCUGUGCUGGGUUCAGAGGUGGCUCAUCUCUGGCAGCCUGCCGGGAAAAGGGUUCAUCAGAUGCCAUGUCUUGGCUUGACUGUGGCCACAUCACCAUGACCUACACAGCCCUGGCCUCCUUGGUGAUCAUGGGGGAUGACCUCAGCCUGGUGGACCGCCCAGCAGUGAUGGCACAUGUGGCUGCCUUACAAUGCCCAGACGGAAGUUUCUUCUCAACGCGAGGUGGCAGCGAGAAUGAUAUGAGGUUCAUGUAUUGUGCCGCCGCCAUCUGCUACAUCCUGCAAGACUUCUCAGCCAUAAAUAUCAAUGCUGCAGUCAAGUACAUCCUCAACAGCAUGAGUUAUGAAGGUGCCAUGGGCCAAGGCACCCACUUAGAAGCACACGGGGGCAGCAACUAUUGUGCCAUUGCAACCCUGCAUCUCCUCGGUAAACUUGAUUCCUCUCUCUCCACUGCCCAGCGUGAACGAUUGGUGCGGUGGCUUGUGAGGAGACAGAGUGGAGGCGGCUUGCAGGGAAGACCCAACAAGCCCCCAGACACCUGCUAUACUUUCUGGGUUGGUGCCACCUUAAAGAUACUUGGUGCCCUGGAGUUACUAGACACAACUGCACUGAGACAAUUUGUAUUGUCCACCCAAGACCCCAUCACUGGAGGCCUGGCCAAGUACCCCAAUGCAAACCCUGAUGGUCUCCACACCUACCUCGGCAUUAGUGGACUCUCCCUGCUGAGAAAAGACAACCUCAAGCCUGUCGAUCCUGCUCUCAACAUAAGCCAGCAAGCCCUUUCCCAUCUACAUCAGUUACAUAAAAACAUUUCUAAAAAUUCAAGUUCUUUGACCUGUUGAUAAAGAGCCUCUGCCAUUAGCUGCUUACUUGUUGUUAACUUCCUGUCCCAUGAGACUAUGACAACUAGUGUGCAGUGGCCACACUGUCUGAACUCACAAAUUUAUCAAUAUAUAUAUAUAUAUAUAUAUAU